AAACUUAUCGCGUUUAAACACACACUGAUACCGUUGCAGCGUCGCUUACUUUCGUAAACGUCCCCCGAUUAAUUAAAAAUUAACGAGGAUUAGUGCCCCCAUAAUUAAACCAAAUUAAGCCCCGUGCCGGAAAGAACACGCCUAACACUACGCACUAUACCUAGAGCCGAUGAUAGUGAAAAAUGCCGUUAUUUGCUUAUAUCUACGACCGGUCGCAGGUCACAACAGUGUUGUCGUAGAGCCGUAACGAUGCUCUUCCGUCGUGUUCUCUCUACCCAACUGAAACGCCUCAAGAGCUCCGCCGUGAGCGCCAACACCGUGCUCGACUAUCAGGACAUACCAUCGCCGAAGGGCCUACCCCUCGUGGGCACUACGCUGGACCUCAUCGCCGAGGGAUCCACCCAGCAACUACAUAGAUACAUCGACAAGAGACACAAACAAUUAGGACCCAUCUUCAGGGAAAAACUGGGAGUUUUGGAGUCCGUGUUCGUCGCAGACCCGGAAGUGAUGAGGGAUGUGUUCGACCAAGAGGGUAAAUACCCCAGUCACUUGGUCCCAGACGCGUGGCUAAAAUACAACGAAAUGUAUGGGUGUCCGAGGGGGAUUUUUUUCAUGGAUGGGCCUGACUGGUGGCACUACAGGAGGAUACUCAAUACCUUACUUCUAAAAGGAGAUACGCGGUGGAUAUACGACGCCUGCGAAAUCGUGAAUGAAAACUUCGUCCGCGAAAUAGAAAAAACGGGUAGUGAGUGUUACGAAGACUUGAAGGGGCGGCUCUACAAAUGGUCCGCGGAUAUUAUAGUCUCGGUUUUACUGGGGGCUGAAACGUAUAAGAAACAUCACCGAGACCUAGACACAGAGGUAACAAAUCUAGCUAAAAUCGUACACUUAAUUUUUCAAACAACUGCAGAUUUGUCGGUGAUUCCGGUGUCCCUGGCUUCAAAAUUAAAAAUCCCGCGAUGGAACCGUUUUGUCGACGCUGUUCACAACGCGUUGCGUGACGCGAACUCUUUGGUUACCACCCUUAAGACUUUGAAUGCGCAAGAUGGAUUGCUCCCUAAAUUGAUGAACGAGAAAAUAGAAUUUGAGAUGAUUAAGAGGAUCAUCGUGGAUCUAAUUUUAGCUGCUGGGGACACCACCGCUGUGUCUUUCGAGUGGAUGUUGUACCUAACGGCUAAACAUCCACAUGUUCAAGAAAAAUUGCGUGUGAAUCCAACAAUGGCCAAGUUUGUUAUGAGGGAGGGUGCAAGAAUGUACCCCACUGCGACAUUUCUAACGAGAAUUUUACCUGCGGAUGGCGUCGUGGCCGGUUAUGGGGUGCCUAAAGGCACCCCUGUUCUUCUGUCUUUGUACACCACCGGUCGUGACGAGCGCUAUUUUCCAGAUGCUGACAGUUUUAAACCGGAGAGGUGGGAUCGUAGAGAGUCCAUGUAUGAUAUUAAAAUGCAGAGAGCGAGUUUACCUUUUGCAAUGGGACUGAGAUCUUGUGUCGGAAAGAGAAUUGCUGAAAUUCAGCUACAAACGACACUUUUGAAGUUUGUUAAAAAUUUUGAUAUCGAACUCUGUAAUAAGAAUAAUAUUGAUAUAGUUAUGAAGAUGGUGGUGCAUCCGUCAGAACCUCUCCUCUUAAAAUUUAAGAAACUUUGACUGAAUUAUUUUACAAGACUUUGCUAUGUUACCUUACUGUGUAGUUUGUAAGUCAAUACAUUUUUUCUAAUUCUC